GCCGAACAACUUGUGAAAUGGUCGUAUCUGGACCUAUAUUAAAUCCAACCCCACUCCGAUGGGUUUUGUCCGACGGAAAAAAUCACGCGAGCUUCACAUAAUAAUAAACGUGAUCGAUUUGUGGAUAAGAAAAUGUCACCAUGUCUUUAAUUAUAUAAUGACAGUUCGUGUGAAAAGUUUGCAUGUAUUUUAAAUAAUAAAAAAAACCUUUUUAACUGAAUACGGUUCAAAAUUAACUAUUGUUAGCACAAUGGAGUUGAGAGAUGUAUUUGCUAUUGUUUUUGUUUCUUAUGUGGUGCAGUGUGCAGCUAUGUCUAUAAGUGAAUUAGAGGAUUUUGCGAACUUCUUGAAAAAGACUUCCAAGUUGGAUGAAACUUUGAAAAAAGGUACUGAUUCCGACGAACACGAUGAAGAUGAAACUGUAUCGGACCAUGCGUGGGAAGACAGCGGGAAGUUCGAGGGCGAUCUGAUACUGAAUGACCGACAGAGACGGAUGAUAGUGGAAGAGAUAGCCGAAGGUUUAUCCAGAAACGGUCUCAGGGAUAGCACGAAGAAAUGGCCAGACAACGAAGUCAUCUACUAUAUUCAAAAGGAACAUUUCAAUGAAGAUCAAGUGAACGCCAUUCGUAGCGGCAUCGAGGACUUAGCACAAGCUUCCUGUAUCAGUUUCAGGCCCUACCAAAAGGGAGAUAAAAAUGCUGUUGUGAUUCAGGGAAGCAGGCGAGGAUGCUUCUCUCAAGUGGGCUACCAGGGCGGUUACCAGGUGCUGAACCUGUCCGGCCGACAUCCCGUGGGCCGCGGCUGCUUCCGCCACGGGACGGUCGUCCACGAGCUCCUGCACACGCUCGGCUUCUAUCACAUGCAGAGCAGUCCCGACCGGGACGACUACGUCAACGUUGUCUGGGAAAAUAUCGUGCAGCCUGCUCGACACAACUUUCGCAAGUACAAUGCGUUUGCGGUGUCCGACUUUGGCGUGGGUUACGACUACGACAGCGUUCUGCACUAUAGUCGCCGGGCUUUCUCCUCCAACGGACAAGACACCAUCGUCCCCAAACAGAGUGGCGCGCAAAUUGGCCAAAGAGCAGGUCUCUCGGAUAAAGAUGCACAAAAACUUAACAAAAUGUACUGUGAUGCUGAUUCUAACAGCGAAGGAGAGGAAACCACUACUAAAAAGGCUGUAACUAAAAAGAAAACACCGAAAAAUAAACCGUUCGAUGGUCAUGGUAUUGGAUACCAUCAAGGUAAAACAGUGGUUAUAAAAUUGCUUCCUGAAAAAAAGGCAGAAACCUAUAAUAUAAUCAUAGAACCUCAAUAUAGUUUAUUUGAUCAUUUUAGUAAAGCGCCGCAAACCCUGUCAGCGAAGAAAAUCGAAGGCGUUGGAAAACCAAUAGAAGAUUUUGAUAAAUCGUUCAACAUAGAAGAUAUUUUCAACCGAGUUAAAUCAAAGGUACCAACUUAUAUGACUGAAAAAAGUCGUAAUAAAAACGGCGAAGUCACAACAGAUGCAAACAAUAAAGCAGAAAUUGAUACAAAAAAAUCUAUGGCUACUUUAAAUGACAAACCAGAACAGACAAAUAUAGAAACUUUGCCUAAUGGCAACGAUGAACUGACUGACCCCUUUGAUCGAUUAUCAAAGAUACUAAAAACUCAUGUUUACCCAUCUCAAAUGCCUGAUUUUGGUAUAUAUAAAUUUAACACUGAUUAUUCUAAUUAUGCUAAUCCUAGCAAUUUACCAAAUUUAGAUUACAAAAACAUUCGAUUAUAUUCCGAUAAGCUAUUAGAAAAUUACAAAAACUCAACUCCCGAGUAUAUUAAAAGCUUAUACAGUGAUGGGCCAGUUUCACUUACAUCAGAGAAACAUCAACAGAACCAUGAAAGAUUAAAAAUAGACCCCAAUCAGGACAAGGAUAUAGAUCAACAACAAAAUAUUUCGAAGGAAGACAAAUCGUACAGAAGUUCACAUCCUUUCAAGAAUCAUCAAAAUGACUCUAAUGAAUCAUACGAAACUAAGAUACCUGCUUACACUACAUUUGAACACUUGGAAAACAUAAACAACUUUAGUGAUUUUUACAAACCACAUAGCGAACAAGUAAAGACCGGCAACAAAAACAACCAUAAAUUAUUUGGCGAAACUGUACCUGUCUAUGAUGACUGGUAUCAAAAGCAAGAAAGCAGACAAAAUCCUGUAGAUUAUAAUAGAGGAUAUGAUGAUACGCACAAGAAAUAUACAAAGGAAAAUAAAUUCCACGAUACGUCAAGUGUAGAGUAUGAACCGGAAAGUUCUAAUGAGUAUUAUACAGAAUCAUAUUUACCGCAUCAGAAAGUAGCGUAUACAUUGUUCGGGGUGCCUGUAGCACUAACUAGAGAAUGGUAUAAGGAUUAUAAUUACAGUCCCCAUCAUGAUCCACAUCAAUCUUACAAUUCUAAGCGGAAAACGGAAUCAGACGAAUGAACUACUGAUUAAAUGUGAUUUAAUUUUAGAGAAGGUGUUAUGAGUUCUACAACAUAUUACUUUCAUAGUGACCUUUUCUCUUUUGUUUCCAGAUUUAGUCGGUAGUUUGGCAACAAAUUACAGUUAAAUAUGUUUUUAUAUUCCCUUACCUAAGUUUAAAAUGUGACGAAGACUGUUAGUUUAUUAAAAUUG